AUGGAUUCAUCUUUAAACUGGGAUUGUUUGUCUUAUCAAUUGCAGCCAUGGAUAAUAGAGACAAUAAAAUCACUUGGAUAUGAAACUAUGACACCUGUUCAGGCUACUACAAUUCCAGCAUUUGCCAACAAUAAAGAUGUUGUAGUUGAAGCAGUUACAGGUUCUGGAAAAACGUUGGCGUUUGUUAUUCCAGUGUUAGAAAGAGUUAAUAAGAUAUUGGAAAGUGAAAAGACACAUAGAAAGGGACAUUUUUAUUCUGUCAUUAUAUUGCCUACUAGAGAGUUGGCAAAUCAAAUUAAUAAUGUAUUUCAGAGCUUUUUAGAAAAUUAUCCCAAGGAACAAAAAAAUUCGAUUAAAACGCAGUUACUAGUUGGUUCAUUGAAUUCAAUGAGUGAUGAUUUAGAAUAUUUUUUCUCAAAACAACCUCAAAUAUUGGUUGGAACUCCUGGGAGAUUGCUUGACUUUUUGUCGAAUUCCAAUGUCAAAUGCAAGAUGUGCGAUUGUAUUGUUUUAGACGAGGCUGAUAAAUUGUUGGAUAUCAGUUUUGAGCUGGCAACCAAGUCGAUUAUACAGUAUUUGCCCAAACAAAGAAGAACAGGAUUAUUUUCUGCUACCAUAUCCAGUGCUGGUUCUGCGAUUUUCAAAACAGGAAUGACCAAUCCUGUUAAAAUUACUGUCAAAAACAAACUGGCAAAUGCAGCGCCAGAGUCGUUGGGCUUGAGCUACAUUGUGCUCAAGCCUGAAAACAAGAUCAAGAUGCUUUUACAUAUAUUGUCCAAUUACGAGUUCAGAAAAGUGAUUGUGUAUUUUCCGACAUGUAUCUCUGUAACAUAUUUCUAUAAUAUGCUCCAGUAUUUGGUUAAAAAAGGAUUUAUUACUGAAUCGUCAUCAAUAUUGAAAUUUUUCUCGUUGCAUGGAAAGCUAAAUGCGAAACCAAGAAUGAAGACUUUGGCGAAUUUCACCAACGACCUCAACAAGUCUGUGUUGCUAACCACUGAUGUUGCUGCCAGAGGCAUUGAUAUUCCAGACGUGGACUUGGUGGUUCAAAUUGACCCUCCAACGGAUCCUGAUAUGUUUUUGCAUCGUUGUGGAAGAACUGGGAGAGCAAACAAAGUUGGAAGAGCAAUAGUGUUCUUCAACGAAGGUCGGGAGGAGAAUUACGUUGAUUUCAUGAAGGUCCGAAAGUUGGAGCUCGUCCGGUUGAAGGUGGAGUUUGACGAGGCAAAGUUCGAAAAGAUGGCAGCCUCGCUUCAAGAGUGGGUUUUGGAAGACCGAGGCAGGUUUGAGCACUCUGUGACUGCGUAUGUUGCGUUUGUGAGGUACUACUCAAAACACACAGCGUCAUCAAUAUUCCGGUUGCAAACACUCGACUACCUUGGAUUGGCCCGAAUGUACUCGCUAUUGAGAUUGCCCAAAAUGCCGGAAACCAGGCACAUUUCGCGUGAGCAGCUUGUGGAGGCCAACGAGGGCUGGCUCAUUUCGCCCAGGGUCGACCUUGAAACGUACGCCUACAGUGAUCUGCAAAGAGAAAAAGCCAGGUUGAGGGAGUUGCAGAACCUGAGCAACGUCCGAGAAAAAAACAAGCGAAAGGCCAUGAAAAGAAAACUGAACAAGGCCUGGUCAACACAAAAGGAAAAACACGAGCAAAAGCAAAGGAAAAUCGAGAAAAGAGAGCAGAAAAGAGAGCGACAUGAACAAGAACAUAUGGAUGCAUACAAUUCCAGUGGUGAGGAAACAGCUGAGGAUUGGAAGAGUCUUGUUUUGAGCAGAAAGAAGAAAAAAGCCAAAACACAAAACGGCUUUGGGACCUUUGAUGGGUUGUAG